GAGAAAACACACCGUCUUCGCUCCUUACUUUUGGCUUCACUCGCAGCUCCCAUCGAUUGUCGGGGAUGUGACCCCGGAACAGGACGCUUCCUUAGAAACAACUUAGCAUUUAAAUAACACGCAAACAAGGACAUAAAAAAAAUCCUGGACCAGGAGAGUGGUGCUUCAGGACCAGGGGGGAUGAACCGGGAGGAGGCCCCUGGCAAGUCUCCUGAGGAGAUGUACAUUCAGCAGAAGGUGCGAGUGCUCCUCAUGUUGAAGAAGAUGGGUUCAAAUCUGACGCCGAGCGAGGAAGCGUUCCUGCGGAACUAUGCAGGCGUGGUGCACAGUCAGAUGAGCCAGCUGCCACAGCACAAUAUAGACCAGGGUGCAGAGGACGUGGUGAUGGCCUUCUCCAGAUCAGAGACGGAGGAUAGGAGGCAGUGACCUCUGACCCCGCACUGCAGCAGCUCCUCACUCCAUCUGACCCUGAGCCUGCUGAGUGGCGGAGAGAGAGAGAGACGGACUGAGAGUGAGACAGAUGGGAGAGGAGUAAGUCUGUCCUUCAACUGUCGCUCUUUCUCAUUCCCUCCUCUUCCUCACACUAAGCGUCAAUCCAGCAGCCAAGCUCCAGCGGCUUAGAGCCUUCAGCACAGCAGGCUGACACAUGAGUCAGAACGAGUGACCUUUUUAUUUUUAACUUCCUUUUUUUGUGUGUGUUUUGUGCGAAAAUGUGUGUGUGUGUUUAUAAGUGUGGCUGAAUGGACCAAGAGCUUCAUUUGUCUGGUCAAACCAAGAGCAAAGCUGGGAUGAAUGGAGAUAAAGGGACUUAAAUGGGGUUGGAUUCAGGUGUGUGUGGGUGCUCUAGAAGUCGCUUUGUGUGUGUGUGUGUGGGUGCUCUAGAAGUCGCUCUGGGUGUGUGUUGGGGGGGGUGUGCUCUAGAAGUCGCGCUCUCUGUGUGUGUGUGUGUGUGUGUGUGUGUGUGUGUGUGUGUGUGUGUGUGUGUGUGUGUGUGUGUGUGUGUGUGUAAAACAUUCUACCAGAUUGAAAUCCUCACAUCAUUAUCUCAUCAUGUGUUUGUGCAAGAUGUUGAGGAUGCUACUGCACUACAUCAGUGUGAGUGUGUGUGUGAGAGAGGGAGAGAUCCACGUUUUUCACAUACAGCUGUUUAAGACUCAUUUAGUAAUAUCAUCUUUGGAUUAAUGUGAAAUUUGCUAACCUUUUCUUUUAAUUAUUUUAAGGACAACACAAAAAAUACUAGUGAACAAAAUGUGCCAACUGUCUUUUAUCGUAGAAUGAAUUUUUUGUAACGUAUCUAAUGAAUGUCUCCGGUCCUUAUUUAUUUUCUCUGAUAUUAAUCUUAAAACUGAACGUGAUCAGUAACCCCUUAAGGUUUAUUCAGCAAUUUGCAAUAACACUAUUAGACCAGUGAUCUCUUUUUCACAUCAUCGCUUAUUUCAGGGGUUUUUCACUUCUUAUAAAAGGGAUAUAUGUGGGAAAUUUUGUGAAAGGGGAACUCUGUUGUAAAACCUUUAUGAUUCCUCCUUAAGGAUAACUGACAAUCCUGAAGAAAUCACAGUGUGUCCCAUAUAAAUAUUGCUCAUAAACUCAAACCUUUUUUUUUUUUUUGCUGGGAUUAUGGGACAUCCUGUAGAUUUGUCCUAUUUAUCUAGGAGUGUACAUUCAUAACCGGUUAGCUCAUGUCAGGUUAUAAUGUCUCGUCAUACAAAAGGGAAUCUUUCUAACACACUUUCAAAGUUUCCAAGCUUUUUUUUUUUUUUUUUUUUUUUUUUUUUACCUCUACACUGAAAUCACUUCGGAUUGACACCACCCCCCCCCCCCCCCCCAAUUUUCUGACCUUUUAAAUAAGAUUUAUGACUUCAUCAGUAUUUUAAUGUGCAUACAUUUAAAAAAAAAAAAAAAAAACUUGUUAACUUACGUGACUGUAACGUGGUGUAUUGAAACGACGCAUGCUGAACUUGCGAUUUUUACGGUGUACAUUCACGUAGAACUCUAAGUCUUGCCACAACAAACAUUUGAUGGAUAUUUUUGAUAUUUGUGGAAGCUAGUCAUUUUCUUUGAAACGCGUCUUGUUCAAUAUCCUGUUGGCAAUAAGUCGUUAACCGAAUCUCCGAGUUUACAUCUAACAGGCUCACUCACUUUUUUUUUUUUUUUGGUAAGUUCAUCACCAGUAUUGAGGAUGUCUUUGUAAUUGUGUUUACUGUUUGCUAUGCAUUUUUGUUCUAAAAGGAUAAAAGCUUUUGAUGUGUAUGUAGAACGCACAUAUCUAAUGAAGAACCUUGGUUCUCUUGGUUACGUUAAAGCCCCUAUAGAGAUCACUCUUUGGUUAAAAUUUUCAAUUAUUCAUUGUUUUUUAUUUUCUUAGUUUUAUCACCGUCAUGUCAGACCAGAUUCGCCUUCAUGUCUACAUUUUUCUUUGUUUUACGUUAAAGUCAAUUGUGCUGGUUGAUUUGUGAUGGUUACAUUAUUGCCGUUUGAGUUUGAGUUUUUUUCCCUAUAUGGCUGCUUCCAUGUCCUUUGACUUUAAUGCUUCCAAAAGCUGAUCCAUUAAAGGAGUUAAGGCUA